CAAUUUUUUAACGUUAUUUACAUUGCAAAGACGGCCAAUGUAUAUUUUUGAGUCAGAGGUGCCAGAGAAGGACAGAUUUCUUUGCUUAUUCCAGACUUUUAGGUUUUAUUAAAUCAGGGUCUCAAAUUUUUUGCUAGUUUCAUUGUGAUUUGGAGCCAGCAACAGAGAUAGACUAUAGUUCUUCUUUGGAGGAUUAGGGGUUGAGUUCUGAGAUGGGGUUAUAGUAAAUUUUGUGGAGAUCUGGAAAGGGAAUAGAUAGGAGAAAUAUGGAGCCCCCAAAGGGAUUUUUGGCUACUUUAUGGAACUUUAUAUGCUUUCUACCUUACUUCAUUGGCUUGCUGCUGUUAGGCACAAUUAAAGGAAUCAUUUUCUGCCCAUUGAUAUGUCUUAUCAUGACAAUUGGAAACUCAUCUAUCAUAUUGGCCCUUCUACCGUUUCAUGGUUACUGGACUUGUUAUAGCGUUCUGAGAACUAAACUAUUAGGGCCUUUUUUGAAGCUCAUUAUUUGCGUAUUCCUACCAAUUGUCUUGAUAUUGUGGGUGGCGGUUGGCAUUGUUGGAAGUGUCAUAGGGGGGAUAUUAUAUGGCUUUCUUUCACCAAUAUUUGCCACUUUUGAUGCUGUAGGAGAAGGAAAGACCAAUGUGUUUAUCGACUGCUUUUAUGAUGGUACUUGGAGCACUAUCAAGGGCAGCUUCACUGUUGUUAGGGAUUUCAAGGAUGUUUGUUUCCAUUCAUACAUCUCGUUUAUGGAAGACCUGCAACAGAAAGGGCCUCCAAAUGGAAAUUACUAUGAGAUCAGAUUUCUUUAUCUUCCUCCAGCUCUUAUAGCUGCAGUGCUUGGAUUCAUGGUUGAUUUGCCAGUGAUUUCAGUUAUUGCUCUAUGUAAAAGCCCUUACAUGCUCUUUAAGGGGUGGCACCGAUUAUUUCAUGACCUUAUAGGUCGAGAAGGCCCUUUCUUGGAGACUAUAUGCGUACCAUUCGCAGGCCUUGCAAUCCUACUCUGGCCACUGGCCGUUGUUGGGGCAGUUUUGGGCUCGAUGGUCUCCGGUAUCUUCCUUGGUGCCUAUGCAGGGGUGAUUGUUUAUCAGGAGUCCUCAUUUUGGUUUGGGCUUUGUUACAUUGUGGCUUCCUUGUCCAUAUAUGACGAAUACAGCAACGAUGUCCUUGACAUGCCAGAAGGAUCUUGCUUUGCCAGGCCUCAGUAUCGUAAAAACCAAAAGGAAUCCACCUCUAAUGCAAGCUCGUUUGCGAAAUCUGACUCCUUCAAACCUCAUCCUCCUGGUCGUGUUGAUUCACUUACAAAUACAAGGAUUGAUUGGAACCCACUUGAGCUACUUGAGGGCUUAUUUAAGGAGUGCCGCCGCCAUGGGGAGAAAAUGGUUUCUGAAGGGUUUAUAACUGCUAAAGACAUUGAAGAUGCCAAGUCUAACAAAGGAAGUAGAGCGGUCAGCAUUGGCUUACCAGCUUAUUGUCUUCUUCAGGCACUCUUGCGCUCUGUGAAUGCCAAUAAGUCUGGCAUAUUGUUGGGUGACAAUACUGAAAUAACAGCCACAAACAGACCAAAAGACACCUUCUUUGAUUGGUUUCUUGACCCCUUUUUGAUACUAAAGGAGCAAAUAAAAGCCGAGGAUCUUUCCGUUGAAGAAGAGCAUUACUUAGGCAAAUUAGUUUUGCUAUGUGGUGAUCCUGCAAGGUUGAAAGUUUCAAAUAUAGGCUCUCCACCUGAAUCUGAGCGUAAACGAGCCGAACUUGAUGCAUUAGCCCGAAGGUUACAAGGUAUUACCAAAUCUGUGUCAAGGUAUCCAACUUUCAGGCGUCAAUUUGAGAACCUUGUCAACACACUAUUGGAGGAUCUGUCGGAAAAGAAUGGUGGUAGCAGCAAAUCAAGUAACAGGGCUCGACCAAUUCAGAGAUCAAAGAGCGCCUUUGCUCGGAUAUUUAGUAGUAAAUCAUUCAAGCGGAAUACAAGCUACAACAACAUGUCUGAUCAAGAGUCACAAUCAGUUAUUGCUAGGGAUAUAGAAACUUCGUAAUGUAGGAAUGUCAAAUUGUCGAUAUCAUAAUUGGACUAAUUCCUUGGACUUGCUUGCUUCACUGUUUAAGUUGCCAAUUCUUGAUAGUUCAAGUCAUAAGUACAUACAAAAUUUUCAUAUAUAGGAAGACUCAGUCCCGGGACAGAAAAAAUAUUGUAUGUGUUGAAAUUCAAAUCUCGUGAUCUCAUGCGAGUUUGAUGCAUCGAAAAUUUUAGAUACAAAAGAUUCUUUAGAAAAAUCAAACUUAAAUUGACAAGAAAAUGAAGGGUUCUUUUUGCCAAGUUGACUGGCCAUUACCAACCAGCACAUUGAAAUUUA